AUGAGCAUUAGGAUCAUUCCAACAAACAGCUUGAAUGAUAAUAUAUUCACUGUGAGGACACAUAUUGGGCAUCUUUUGAACCCAGGUGGCUAUGCACUUGGAUAUGAUCUUUAUGGAGCCAGUAUUAAUGAUUUUGAGAUUGAUAAGUAUAGAGGCCUUGAUUUACCUCAUGUAAUUCUUGUAAAGAAGAGCUAUGAAGAGAAGCGGCAAAAGAGGCGUGGAAAGGGUCGUUCUUGGAAGCUGAAGAGCUUGAACAUGGAGAUUGACAACACCAAAGGGAGAAUGGAUGAGGAGAAGAGGGUCAAUGAUUAUGAGGAGUUCUUGAGGGACCUAGAGGAGAACCCAGAAUUGAGGUUUAACAUGUCGCUCUAUCACAACAAUGAUUAUCAGCCAUCAGAAAUGGCAUCUACUGUUGGUGGAGAUGAGCUUCCUUCUGUGCCAUUAGAUGAGUUGAUUGCUGAACUUGCAAUCAGUGAUGAAGAAGAGAGCAAUUGUGGUAGCAUGGCUGAGUAACUUGUUUCUCCAUCUUAAAGUCUUAUUCUUAGUCGUUGUAGUAAGUUUUAAUUAUUUUUGUUAAGUGUGAAAAUUAUUGUUUGCUGGGAAAAUUAAAACUUGGUUGUUAUCUGUUGAAUUUCCAUUGAUCGUUGAUGUUUCCCAUUAAGGUUUGAGCUAUAGUUUCUUAA